AUGAUGUGGGCGAUGUUCAAAACAGCAGAAGAAGUUCCACGAGGAGCAAUUGUGAUAUCACAUAAAGUUAUACCAUAUCCGUCGGUGCUUGUUGAAAAGGAUGUUACGAGUAUUGUGUUGGACCCGAUGACGAAAGAAGUUCUGGGACAAUUGUGCAUGUUCGGGAGGUCGGAGGAAAUAGGUUCGGGAUGUGUCGCGAAACAUUCAUUCCUCGCUAGCGGAUUAGCACUCGUUGAUGGUGGACCGAUUAUAACAACCACUCUCCAACGUCUCAUCCAUAGACUCACGAUCGAUCGAAACUCCAAAAAACGAAAAGCCACAACGAAUCAUCAACUUUGUUUUAUCGCACACUUUGAGCCUUCAGCUUUCAUUUCAGAAUUUAUAGUGAAUAAUAAUUGA